AUGGGUAUGGGAGAUGUUCAUCAAAUACCCAGUCAGUGGGAAGUGAUUGAACUAAUUUUGCACCGUGGAAUGAGCAACGGUGAGUGGGAUCGACUCGGAAUCGUUCCGGGUUUGCAGGGUGAUUCUCAACAAAAGCGUCCAUCGGUAGGGCGAACAUCAGGCGGCCUUUUUGGCUACAUAGCAGAUCCAAACGAUUCCAAAACACCGCCAGGUAUUGGAGAACAGAACACAGGACCUAUUUCAGGUAGUCAGCUAACACAUAAACUGAUCGACCGAGACAACUCGUCUCCUGCCUCUGGGGUACCCACGCAAGCGGUGGAAGCAGCUCCAACGGUUCGUACCCACGUCAAUCUCACGAUGCACAUGCGAGUUAAAAUACAUUUUGAAAGAGCUGAUUGUUCUAUUCCUAGUUGUUUUGGAAUGGCAAUUGGUGAGACCUUGGAUAAUAACAAAAACGUCCAAGAAAUCGACGCUACAAAUCUCGUUAUUAGCCCUGGACUGGUCGAUUAUUCAGCUACAAGUAAUGCGUUCAGUAACAAACUCGGUGUGGAGGGAAUGGCCGAUCAGGCAUUGAUUCGUGAUGCUACUUCGCAAUCCGUACUAGCCGGAGUCACUACCAUCGUUGACACGGUGUACAGUGAUGAUGGGCAUUCGCCGCUGAGCGCAAUCGCUGCGUACCUGCAGGCCCUGCAAACUACACACGUCCACUGCAACGUCGCAGUCAGGGCGGGCAUACGGCACCUGUCGGUUGGCACCAUCUCCGAUAUUGAACAGCUCACAAAGCGACACUGCAUUAAAUCAUUUUUGCUGUCCAUCCCGGAAAAUGAUCGAAUUCUCUGUGAACAUGGCAACCCUGAAAGCACAGUCCUUUACGGUGUCUUGUCAGCGUGUCGCAGCCUUGGAGUCGUGCCCACGAUUGGCCUCGACAGAAUCACUGGGUCGCAUGUUCCACAGACGGAAGGUGUACGUUUUAUUUGCUAA